AGAAGAGCGCAGCUCGGCUGCGGGGACAGAGCGCAACUCCCGGAGAGAGGCUGUGGGAGGCAUGGGCGCGGGCCCGGCGCUGGCAGCGCUGCUGCUGGCCGGGUCGGUGCUGAGCGCCACGCUGCUGGCCCCCGGCCGCCGGGCGGAGCCAGAUUUAGAUGAAAAAAGGAACGUGGAGCUGAAGAUGGAUCAGGCUUUGCUGCUUAUUCACAAUGAACUCUUGGGGACGAGCCUGACUGUGUACUGGAAAUCUGAUGACUGUUACCAAUGCACCUUCCAGCCACUGGCGAACGUCUCUCACGGUGGAAAGCCAGCAAAGCCAAGCGUGGCACCUGUCUCUGUGAGCACCCAGCAUGGGUCCAUCCUGCAGGUUAACUCCACCUCGGAGGAGAGAGCAGCUUGCAGGCUGGAAUACAAAUUUGGAGAAUUUGGAAACUAUUCCCUUUUGGUGCAGCAUGCUUCCAGCGGGGCCAAUAAAAUUGCCUGUGACAUCAUCGUCAAUGAGAAUCCAGUGGACAGUAACCUUCCUGUGAGCAUCGCAUUCCUUGUUGGUUUAGCCCUCAUCGUCGCAGUAUCCCUCCUGAGGCUCUUGCUGAGUUUGGAUGAUGUCAAUAACUGGAUAUCUAAGACAAUAGCUUCUCGAGAAACUGACCGUCUCAUCAAUUCUGAGCUAGGGUCUCCCAGCAGAGCAGACCCUCUCAGCGCUGAUUACCAACCAGAAACUCGGCGUUCUUCUGCGAACCGUCUCCGAUGUGUGGACACAUUUAGGGGGUUAGCUCUCGUCCUCAUGGUCUUUGUUAACUAUGGAGGAGGAAAGUAUUGGUACUUCAAACAUUCAAGUUGGAACGGACUGACUGUGGCCGACCUCGUCUUCCCAUGGUUUGUAUUUAUUAUGGGAACUUCAAUUUUCCUAUCAAUGACUUCUAUCCUGCAACGAGGAUGUUCAAAACUCAAACUGCUGGGGAAGAUUGUGUGGAGAAGCUUCCUGCUAAUCUGUAUAGGAGUUAUCAUUGUCAACCCCAAUUAUUGCCUUGGUCCAUUGUCUUGGGAUAAAGUGCGGAUCCCUGGUGUCCUGCAGCGGUUGGGAGUGACAUACUUCGUGGUCGCUGUGUUGGAGUUCUUUUUCUGGAAGCCUGUGCCUGACAGUUGUACCUUGGAAAGCAGCUGCUUCUCUCUCCGAGACAUCACGUCCAGCUGGCCCCAGUGGCUCACCAUUCUGACGCUGGAAAGCAUUUGGCUGGCUUUGACAUUCUUUCUGCCUGUCCCUGGGUGCCCUACUGGCUACCUUGGCCCUGGCGGUAUAGGGGACUUGGGGAAGUAUCCUCAUUGUACUGGAGGAGCAGCUGGCUACAUCGACCGCCUGCUCCUGGGAGACAAUCACCUGUACCAGCACCCAUCCUCCACCGUGCUGUAUCACACAGAGGUGGCCUACGACCCUGAAGGAGUCUUAGGGACUAUCAACUCAAUUGUGAUGGCGUUUUUAGGAGUUCAGGCAGGAAAAAUACUGGUGUAUUACAAGGAUCAGACGAAAGCCAUCCUGACCCGAUUUGCCGCCUGGUGCUGUAUCCUUGGGCUUAUUUCUAUUGUGUUGACAAAAGUGUCUGCAAAUGAAGGUUUUAUUCCAAUAAACAAGAAUCUCUGGUCCAUCUCGUACGUCACCACACUGAGCUGCUUUGCCUUCUUCAUCCUCCUCAUUCUCUACCCAGUUGUGGAUGUGAAGGGCCUGUGGACGGGAACCCCCUUCUUCUAUCCAGGGAUGAACUCCAUCCUGGUGUAUGUUGGCCACGAGGUGUUGGAGAACUACUUCCCCUUCCAGUGGAAGCUGGCGGAUGAGCAGUCACACAAAGAGCAUCUCAUUCAGAACAUAGUCGCCACGGCUCUCUGGGUGCUCAUCGCCUACGUGCUCUAUAAAAAGAAGCUGUUUUGGAAAAUCUGACAGCACCCGCUGAAAUACAUAGCUAGAGGAGUCCAGGGGGUCUGGGAGAAGAGCGGCGGCAGCCUCCCUCACAGAGGGGAUUGCUUCCAGAUGCUGCGUCCAAACCGAUUUGCUUAGACAUCAGAAAGUUGCCUGUGUCUUUCUGACUCACAUAUCUAUGCAUCUGAAAUGCCAUGCUCUCCGCUUUCUCCAUUUUGUAUGAAAUUGCUAUAUUUGGAACAUGUGUGGAAAUCUUGUUUAACUUCUCAGAGAUUUACUCUGGACAUUUUGCCUCUGUGAAAGAGGCCAAGGUUGGUAGACUGUGCUUGAUUCAGAGAGAACCCAUUCCAAGCUUGGACAGCACCUGGGGUUUGGUCCCUGGCAUCACAAACAAGCAAACAACAAAAAGAACCAAGUCUUAUUUCCUGAAAACUGACUUUCCACGUGUAUGCGCAUGCCGACCGUACCGCCGUGGUUUCAUGGUCACAGACUAUAAAGCUUUUUGAAUGGACUGUGUCAUGUUGUCUGAUUUUAUUUAUUUUUUUUUUUAUAGUAUGAACUUUAUUGUCUCUAGAAAGCCAAAGUGAUUUUCCUUGUCCACUUUCACGGCUUUGAUGGCCCCACCAAAUGCAUCAUUUAAAGCUACUCGCUUCUUUCCUCACUUGGAAGAAAGCUGAAAUAUAGAUUUGUUAUUGCAAACCACUCUCGUUACAGCUCUGUCUGUCCAUCUACCUUAUUAUUGUCUGUCUGUCUGUCUGUGCUGGCAUGUCUCUGGAUGAUACCUAGGCAUCUCUAGGUACCCAGAGAUGGAGCCCUGGGAAGAAGAACGUUCCUCCGGAGCUGUCUCCUGGGUAAGGUGUGGGGCCAUCCCCUGGCCUGUCAGAGCUUUGGUUCCCUCAUCUGUGGAAGGAAAGGAACAGGGAUGCUCCCUCCUCUCUCAGGGUUUGGAUGUGAUAAGGCGGGACCCAGGAGCCGCUUCUGUGCCAUCUCACAGAAAACCCUGGGAAACCAAUCAUCAAAAAACCUCUCUGUCUGCAUCCAAGUGAACCCUACCAAUGGCUGUCUGUGGUUUCUUAGGGAUGAAAGCGAUGACUGUGUGUACAGACGCCCUCCUGGGAAUUUCCCAGGAGAAUUGUUUUUUUGUUUUUUUUUUGUUUUGUUUUUUUUUUUUUUGGUUUUUCUAGACAGGGUUUCUCUGUGUAGCCCUGGCUGUCCUGGAACUCACUUUGUAGACCAGGCUGACCUCGAACUCAGAAAUCUGCCUGCCUCUGCCUUCCAAGUGCUGGGAUUAAAGGCAUGUGCCACCAUGCCCGAUGAGAAUUGCAUUUUAAAGAAGCAGCACGAUGGGGUUUGUCUUAGUCAGAGUUUCUAUUCUGCACAAAUAUCAUGACCAAGAAGCAGUUGGGGAGGAAAGGGUUUAUUCAGCUUAUACUUCCAUACUGCUGUUCAUCACCAAAGGAAGUCAGGACUGGAACUCAAGCAGGUCAGAAAGCAGGAGCUGAUGCAGAGGCCAUGGAGGGAUGUUCUUCACUGGCUUGCUUCCCCUGGCUUGCUCAGCCUGCUCUCUUAUAGAACCAAGACUACCAGCCCAGAGAUGGUCCCACCCACAAGGGGCCUUUCCCCCUUGAUCACUAAUUGAGAAAAUGCCUUACAGUUGGAUCUCAUGGAGGCAUUUCCUCAACUGAAGCUCCUUUCUCUGUGAUAACCGCAGCCUGUGUCAAGUUGACACACAAAACUAGCCAGUACAGGGUUGUACUUCAGACGAUCCUUCUGUGGUGACCUGGGGACAUUAGAAUCAUGUGCGAAUGGCUUUUGAGUCAGUCCCCUGCUCUGCCCUGGGCUCUUGGCUGGGCUUCCUGUUGUCUUCUCUCCUAUGGCCAAAGCAUCUCUGGCCCAGCUCCUCCCUUCUCUACAAAUGGAAACUCCUUCAUGUUUUCCUAGUUCUAAAUGAUUCAUUCUCUCAGAGCACUGAGCUAACUGCCCCUGUCUUUUCACUACUUAACUUGGACUUUCCCAUGAAAAAAAAUUUUAUACAUGUACAUAUAUAUAUGUAUGUAUGUAUGUAUGUAUGUAUGUAUGUAUAUAUACACACACACACAUAUAUACACCAUAUAUGUCAUAUAUAUGUAUAUAUGUCAUUGCUAAGUCUUGUCAGUUCCAUUCCCAUCUCCCACCUCUUUGUUCUCUAUAUGGCCUCUGUUCUGUGUAGCUGCCUCUUUCUGUGAAGUCACUGGUCCACUGCCACCAGAUCCAGCUUUAUGAAGCAGGAGUUGGAUCAAACCAUCUUGUCCAAUUCGGUUGUGCCUGGGGCAUCUCUGCCUGCCACAGCCCACUUCACUGAUCCCAGCACCUGCUGUUUUCCUGUCUCCGCCAGCCUUGCUGGCUGUAGCUCAGAUGGACCCCUCCCUCCUUCCUCCUCAUGUCUCCCCACCUGUAUUUGAUCUGUCGUUCACAGGGCCCAUUGUGGAAGCAUCACCUCUAAUCUCAUUCUCGGCCAGAGCUGAUCUCCUCUUCGGGGUUCUCACUGACACCCAUCUCCUAGCAUUAAUCGCUUCUGCCUCGUGAGAUGAUUAUUUUCUCUGUUAUCGUGAUGUCAAUGGCAAGAAUUACAUAUUCUGUAUUUUUUGUGGUACCAAAUGCACUGCCUUGUACUUAGCAAGUGCUAAAUAAACAUUUAUUAAAGCAAAA